UCGGUGAGGGGUCCUGAGGGACGACAGCGUGGGAUGGCAGCUUCCCAGCUGGUGCUGUCCCUGCUGGCUGCAGCUCUCCUGCUGCACGUGGCCACCGCGCUGAAGGUCGGCGCCUUCAACAUCAAGGCCUUUGGGGACACCAAGAUGUCCAACCAGACCGUGGCAAACAUCAUCGUCUCUAUCCUGUCGGAGUACGACAUCAUCCUGGUGCAGGAGGUCCGGGAUGCCGACCUGAGUGCCGUGGACAAGCUCAUGGACCAGCUCAACAGUGCUUCUGGGCAGCCCUACAGUUUUUUGGUCAGCAUCCCCCUGGGUCGGACCAGCUACAAGGAGCAGUACCUCUUUGUCUACAGGUCGGACAUGGUCUCCGUGCUGGGAAGUUACUACUACGACGAUGGCUGCGAGUCCUGUGGGAACGACACCUUCAGCAGGGAGCCCUUCAUUGUGAAGUUCUCCUCACCCACCACACAGGUUCAGGAGUUCGUGUUGGUGCCCCUGCAUUCCGAGCCCAGCCAUGCGGCGGAAGAGAUCGACGCGCUCUACGACGUCUACACCGACGUCAUCAACAAGUGGGGGACUAAUGACAUCAUCUUGCUGGGUGACUUCAACGCCGACUGUGCCUACGUGACCAGCUCGCAGUGGCCGUCCAUCCGCCUGCGCUCCCUGCGCGCCUGCGAGUGGCUCAUCCCCGACAGCGCCGACACCACCGUGGCCGACACCGACUGUGCCUACGACCGCAUCGUCGCCUGCGGCACCGCCCUGCGCCAAGACAUCGAUCCCGGCUCCGCCACCGUCAACAACUUCGAGCAGAAAUUCCACCUCCAGCGCAAGGAUGCUUUGGCCGUCAGUGACCAUUUCCCUGUGGAGGUGACCCUGAAAAGCCUCCUGAUCCUUCAUCACCCCGGGGUGAUGCUGGGGGCUAGCACGGGAAAUGCCACUCCUCUUGGGCUGCUGCUUUGGGUCACUGGUGGGGUUGCUUUGGAUGACAAGAUGGGGACUGUGACUCUGGCAUUGUCCCUGCUGGCUGUGGCUCUCCUGUGCCCGGCCACUGCCACCCUGCGUGUCGGUGCCUUCAACAUCCAAGCCUUUGGUGACACCAAGAUGUCCAACAAGGAGGUGGCAGAGAUCAUCGUCAACAUCCUGCUCCGCUACGACGUGGUGCUGGUGCAGGAGGUGCGUGACUCCGACCUCAGCGCCGUCACCGAGCUCAUGGAGCAGCUCAACAGUGCGUCCAAGUCCCCAUAUGACUACGAGAUCAGUGGCCCCCUGGGACGGGAGAACUACAAGGAGAUGUACCUCUUCAUCUACAGGACAGAUGUCGUGUCUGUGGUGGACACCUACCAGUACAAGGACCGUCAGGACGUCUUCAGCCGGGAGCCGUUCAUCCUGAGGGUCUCAGCACCCCGCACCAGUAAGCAGGGGACAAGUGGCCCUGGGUGGUGGCAUUAGGUGGAGGAGUUUGUGCUGGUGCCCCUGCACUCAGCCCCACACGAUGCCGUCGCCGAGAUCGACGCACUCUACGACGUCUACCUGGACAUCGUCAACAAGUGGGGGACUGACAACAUCAUGUUCCUGGGUGACUUCAACGCCGACUGUGCCUACGUCCAGCCCAGCGACUGGUCGUCCAUCCGCCUGCGCACCAGCGACAUCUUCAAGUGGCUGAUCCCCGACAGCACCGACACCACCGUGGGCAAGUCAGACUGUGCCUAUGACAGGAUCGUGGUGUGUGGGGCCAAGCUGAAGAGAAGCAUCAUGUCCAAUUCGGCUGCUAUCUACAAUUUCCAGCGUGCUUUCCAGCUGGACCAGGAGGAGGCCCUGGCAGUCAGCGACCACUACCCGGUCGAGGUGAAGCUCACGGCCUGA